AAGGGGUUCUUAGAUUAGCAAAGCCCCACAAGACUCUUUAUUUUGACAAGAAUCAGUAUCUGUUCUGCAUACUCAAGCAAUUAGUAUUGUGGUGUCUUCAGCGCCUCCCUGUGCAGUCUUGUUAAACGGUUGUUCUGUUAAGCUCUUCCAGAACAGAGCAUGCACUGACAUGGAUAUAUUACACUGGAGAACUGGUAGGUAAACGGCUUCCAGCAGAAAGCAUGCAUCUCUCUUUCAAGGAUCUUUAUGUAGUAGGAUGUACCACUUGGGACACUGGGAUUAUUGACUUUGGUUUUGCUUAAUGUGAAUGCUGAAUGCUUCUUUAAUUUCUUCUGCUUGGUCCUGUGCAGUAAGGAGGACACAGAUGGGAGUUCAGCUGGGCUCUAGGAAGCUUGGUUUGCUAUUGCGGCAUUCCUCAGUGCUGGUGGGAGAGAGAGAGACUGAUGACUCAUCAAGUCAGGUGGUUAUGCCUCUGCUGUGUGUCAGAAAUUUCUUUCCCCUCUGCAGCAGGCUUUCUCAUCCCUCUGUGUAGGGGCACUAGAAGGACAAUUAUUUCGUAAGUGGUGGGGCUUAACUGCUGAAUUCUGGCUUUGCUUCAUUGGGCCUGUGGAUUUUUGUUGCUCCCUGUUUCUGCAAAAUAAGUUGAACAGGCAAAAUGGACUUCUCCAAGCUACCCAAAAUCCAUGACGAGGACAGAGAGGCUUUUGUUGGCUAUGUCCAUGGAGUCUCAGGACCUGUGGUCACGGCGUGCAACAUGGCCGGUGCUGCUAUGUAUGAGCUGGUACGAGUAGGCCACAGCGAACUGGUGGGGGAGAUUAUCCGACUGGAAGGUGAUUUGGCAACUGUCCAGGUGUAUGAAGAAACGUCUGGUGUCUCUGUAGGAGAUCCUGUACUCCGCACUGGCAAACCCCUGUCAGUGGAGCUAGGGCCUGGCAUUAUGGGAGCUAUUUUUGAUGGUAUCCAGAGGCCUCUCUCGGACAUCAGCACUCUGACCAAAAGUAUCUAUAUCCCUAGAGGUGUCAACGUGUCAGCUUUGAGCAGAGAUGUCAAAUGGGACUUCAUGCCUUCCAAAAAUCUGCGGGUUGGCAGCCACAUCACUGGUGGAGAUAUUUAUGGUGUGGUAAAUGAAAACUCCCUUAUCAAACACAAAAUCAUGCUGCCUCCACGGAACAGGGGUACAGUUACAUACAUUGCUCCGCCAGGAAACUAUGAUGCUUCAGAUGUUGUCUUAGAGCUGGAGUUUGAAGGUGUGAAGGAGAAGUUCACUAUGGUCCAGGUCUGGCCUGUACGUCAAGUCCGUCCUGUUACUGAGAAGUUACCAGCCAAUCAUCCUUUAUUAACUGGCCAACGGGUCCUGGAUGCCCUCUUCCCGUGUGUACAAGGGGGUACGACAGCGAUUCCUGGGGCAUUUGGUUGUGGAAAGACUGUGAUCUCACAGUCUCUCUCAAAAUACUCCAACAGCGAUGUCAUCAUCUAUGUAGGCUGUGGAGAACGAGGAAAUGAAAUGUCUGAAGUACUGAGAGAUUUCCCUGAGUUAACAAUGGAAGUUGAUGGCAAGGUAGAAAGCAUCAUGAAGAGAACAGCUCUGGUGGCAAAUACCUCCAACAUGCCUGUGGCUGCCAGAGAAGCCUCUAUCUAUACUGGAAUCACCUUGUCUGAGUAUUUCCGGGACAUGGGGUACCAUGUCAGUAUGAUGGCUGACUCUACUUCCCGAUGGGCUGAGGCCCUCAGAGAAAUUUCAGGGCGACUGGCUGAAAUGCCAGCUGACAGUGGUUAUCCAGCCUACCUUGGUGCCCGUCUAGCCUCUUUCUAUGAGCGAGCUGGCAGAGUGAAGUGUCUGGGAAAUCCUGAGAGGGAAGGCAGCGUCAGCAUCGUUGGAGCUGUCUCUCCCCCAGGUGGUGAUUUCUCUGAUCCUGUCACAUCUGCUACACUGGGCAUUGUUCAGGUUUUCUGGGGCCUGGAUAAGAAGCUGGCACAACGCAAGCACUUUCCCUCUGUCAACUGGCUGAUCAGUUACAGCAAAUACACACGUGCCCUGGAUGAGUACUAUGACAAGCAUUUUACAGAGUUUGUCCCUCUCAGGACAAAGGCCAAAGAGAUUCUACAGGAGGAAGAGGACCUUGCAGAGAUUGUGCAGCUUGUGGGGAAGGCUUCCUUGGCAGAAACAGAUAAAAUUACCUUGGAGGUUGCCAAGCUGAUAAAAGACGACUUCUUGCAACAGAACGGUUAUACGCCUUAUGACAGGUUCUGCCCUUUCUAUAAAACAGUGGGAAUGCUUUCCAAUAUGAUUGCAUUUUAUGACAUGGCACGCCGUGCUGUAGAAACCACAGCCCAGAGUGACAAUAAGAUCACGUGGUCCAUCAUCCGAGAGAACAUGAGUGAAAUCCUCUACAGACUUACCUCCAUGAAGUUCAAGGAUCCUGUCAAAGAUGGUGAAACAAAAAUCAAGGCGGACUAUGCUCAGCUGUUUGAGGAUAUGCAGAAUGCAUUUCGCAGUCUGGAAGACUAGACUCAACCUCUGUGACCACUCCAGUUUGUCCUCUCAAUUCCUCAUCUCAACUCCUCUGCUUCCCUACCUUACAAGAAUGAUGCAACAGUACUUGAGUUGAUAAAUAGCCCUAUGUUUUCCCCGUUCAUACUCAGAGAGUGUCCUUACAAAA